AUGGCCCCCCGGAGCCGCGGGCGGAUGGAGCGGAGCUACGUGGUGGGCAUCUGCUGCCUGGUGCUGCUAGAGAGGAGCUGGGGCGCCGAGCCCGGCACUGGGGACGGCGGUAACAGCAGCCGGGCACCGGCGGUGGAGGACACAGCCCCCGCGCCCACUGAGCCCACCCCAGGAGGGGACCGUUGCCGCGGGUAUUACGACGUGAUGGGGCAGUGGGACCCGCCAUUCAACUGCAACGCCGGCAUCUACCAGUACUGCUGUGGGACCUGCGGGUACCGCUUCUGCUGCCAGUUCAAGGCCAGGCGGCUGGAUCAGAGCGGCUGCUCCAACUACGACACCCCCAACUGGGUGAACACGGGGCAGCCGCCUGCCCGUGUGGAUGAGAGCCCCGAGGGCCCCACCCGUGACAAGACCAACAUGAUCGUCUACAUCAUCUGCGGCGUGGUGGCCAUCAUGGUGCUGGUGGGCAUCUUCACCAAGCUGGGCCUGGAGAAGGCACAAGGCCCCCAGACUGAGAUGACGGUCUCCAGGACGCUCACCGACCUGCUGAAGCAGCCGGGCCACGGUCCCUCCGAACACAUCGAUGGCCUGAUGGGCAGCAUGCAGGUGCAGCUGGGCGAGGGGCUGCCCCGGGGACCCCCAAGGAACAGCACAGACAAGUUGCCCCUGAACAACGCGGUGGACAGCACUGGUGUCACCUCACUGGGGCGGCCUCACGGCCACAGCAAGCACCCACUGCUGGGCAGCAGCCUGAGCCCACCAGCGCCCAACUACACUGCGUACAGCACACUCACAGCUGGAGAGAGCAUUCCUGAAGACUUCUACAUGCGUUUUGGGGAGCCAGAGGUGCCCCCCCCCAGCACUCUGCCCUUCCCAACCACCGAAGGGCCCGAGGGCUGCCCCCCACCAGGGAUCACCAAGGCCAAGGGCCUCCCCAAAGCGCCAGGGGGCUCAGCCUUCCCAGGGGGCUGGGAGGGAGGCCUCCCCCGGGGCCUACGCCGGCCUGGGCCCACGGCACCGCUGUACGGCCAGGCUCACCGGCACCUGGCCACCAACAGCAAGACUGAGGUCACCGUCUGACACCAGGACCAGCAAGGUGCCAUCACCAGGGGACAGGCAACGAGUUGUGGCUGUUCUCAGCUCACUCCAUGGAUGGGCAAUGGACUUAAGCAGCAGAUUGGCUGCACAGCCUCGUGUCCCC